AUGGAAGGCGCGGCGAGUGACCCGUACCGGCGGCCCGCGCGGCGCACGCAGUGGCUCCUGAGCGCCCUGGCGCACCACUACGGGCUGGACCGCGGCGUGGAGAACGAGAUCGUGGUGCUGGCCACCGGCCUGGACCAGUAUCUGCAGGAGGUCUUCCACCACCUGGACUGCCGAGGGGCCGGCCGCUUGCCCCGCGCUGACUUCCGCGCGCUCUGCGCGGUGCUGGGGCUGAGCGUCGAGGGGGCUGCCGCCCCCAGGGAGGCCUCCGGGGAUACGGCCGCCGGAGACACGAACUCUGGGGACGUGAUCGCCGGGGACGCGGCCGCUGAGGAGGCCGCCGACGGGGACGAGGAUGCCGAGGAGGAGGCGCGCCUGGCGCUGCGCGAGGAGCCGCCCGAGCUCACCUUCCGCCAGUUCCACGCGCGCCUCUGCGGCUACUUCGGCACCCGCGCCGGGCCCCGUCUGCCCCGCGGCGCUCUGAGCGAGCACAUCGAGACGCAGAUCCGCCUGCGCCGCCCGCGCCGCCGCCGCCGCCGAGCUGCCCGCCCGGCCGGGCCCGACGGCGGCCCGGACGGCGAGCGCCUGGCGCGGCUGGAGGAGGAAAACAGCAACCUGCGCGAGCUGGUGGAGGACCUGCGGGCCGCGCUGCAGAGCAGUGACGCGCGCUGCCUGGCGCUGCAGGUCGGCCUCUGGAAGAGCCAGGCGGGCGCCCAGGAGGCGGCGCGCGGCGAGCCCGAGGUGGCGGCGCGGGAGCUGCGGCAGGCGCGGGGCGCGCUGGCGGCGGCCGAGGCCGACGCGGGUCGGCUGCGCCGGGGCCAGGCCGAGGUGCGGCGGCGCGCGGAGGAGGCCCGGGCGACGGUGCUCCGCAGCCUGGGGCGCGUCCGCGAGCUCGAGGCGCUGGCGCGCCAGGUGCCCGGCCUGCAGCGCGGGCUGCGGCGGCUGGAGGGCGAGCUGAGGCGCUACAGGUCAGAGGGCACCCAGCUCCCAAGCUCACCACGAGCCAGCCCAGAGCCAGACACCAAGAGUAGUGAACCUGAGGAUGGUGGGACCAGAGGCCCAGACCCCGCCCCAGAGGGAGCCUGGGGGUCCAACAGCAGCCCGGCGAGCAGACCCCCGGACCAAGGGCUGGACGAGCAGCUGUUCCGCUCGGUGGAGGGCCAGGCCGCCUCUGACGAGGACGACGACCGCGAGGAGUGGCAGGAGGCGCAGCGGCCGCCGGCCGAGGUCACGGCGCUGCUGGCUGUUCUCUCCGGCUGCGGGAGGGGGUGCGAUGACCGGACAGCCAAGAAGCUCAUGACUCACUUCAGCCACUUGGGCGGUGCCAACCACGCCCGCGCCCUGGGGGAGCUGGAGGCAUGUGUCGCCAUGCUGGUGGAGCAGCUGGGGCCCCAGGGCUGCGAUCCAAAGACUCUGAGGACACCUGAGGAGGAGGCAGAGCUGCAGCAGAAGGUGGGCGAGAAUGUGAACCUGCGGCAGGAGCUGCAGAUGGUGGAGACAGAGAGGGUGCGGCUGUCCCUGCUGGAGGAGAAGCUGCAGGACGUGCUGGGGCUGCUGCAGAGGCUCCGCGACCUGAACAUAUCGAAAAAGGCCCUGGGGAAGAUUUUGCUGAGCACACUGGAUGCUUGCAGGGACACCGCACACGAGGGGACGUCUGGCGCCUCGGCCGUGCUGGACAAGCUGCACCGAGCUUUGGCUGGCUGUGAGCUCCUGCAGAGAGAGCCCGCGGCCCCUGCCUCCACAGGCCCGGCCCUCACCCACUCCUGCCUCAUCUCCUGCUGA